CUGAAAAUAAUCGAGAAAACUGGAUCGUCGAAAGUUUUGGCGGGAAACUGCCGGGUCGCCCCUACACAGGGACCGUAAAAAGUAGCGAGUCACUUUCGGCAAUAGAGCGAGCACGUGAUGAGGAAAUCCGGUGGGAAGGAUUGUAGAACGAAGCCGGUUUCACCGGCUUGCUGUUUUGCAAUUUCUUUUUUCCGCUUCCGUCGUUCACUUAAACCACCGGCAUAUUUAUUAUCACUGGCCUAGGUCAACGCGUAUCGCGGCUACAUCGUCGACGCAGCGUCUAAUUUUUACAUAAUUAAUCCGUUCUGCAUUGAGAAGACGCAUUUCUGUCGCGACUUUCACAUCCAUUGACAUUUAGCGUUGUCGCCGGUAUGCAAUACAUGUUGUUCAUUCGGGAAUUUCUAGAAAGUUUAUAUAUUAUUCGACCGCGUAAAAUUUAUUGCUACUUUCUAAUACUUUUGUGUAUUACAUUUAAUUUGUCACGAAUCAAACGAGUGGAUUAAUCGAUAUUUUUGUUUCCACUUUGAAGAAUUGGUUCUGGAAAAAGGCUGAAGUUUCGAAUGCAAACUCAAAUGUAUCUUUUUAGAAUCACCAGAAAAUGUAGCUAAAUGUAAUUUCAGGUCACACGGCUACUCUCCAAUUGUUCAAGUUAUAUUUUUUUUACGGUUUCCGGUGAUCGAAGCGGGUAUGGAUAUUGUACGAAAACGCUGGGUGGUCUUUGUCUCCUUUCGAACAAUGGAUCUCACGGGCCACCUACAGGUCGAACUCUCCGCUAUGCUUACCUGAGAAUUACGUUCCGUGUACCUCGUGCGCAUCAAAUAAACGCAGUAUAUCGUACGCUAUUGGGAGCGUUUAGAACACGCGGCCGUCGAUGCCGGCCGCAUUGUUUCUCACGCUUCGACCGCUGCAGCGAGAGCCGAAGAUAACACGAGUCGACCUUCUUUCUUCGAGUCGCGAUUCUUACUAAAACUUUCGCGAAUAUUUUGAAAUAAUUGUAAGAAACAUCUUCUCCGAUCUGAAAUAUUUCAUUCUGGAAAAAGCGUUUCUGGUUUCGUACAUUUUUAUUUCUUAAAAACUGUCUUAUUUGAAUUUUAUUUUUAUUAAUACUUGUCCCAAAAUUCUCACGAGUGCUACUUUAUUUCAAUUAAAAGAACCGGUUUAUAUCUUACUUUUCUUUCUUUAUCGCUAUACUUGUUGAAAAUUGCAAAUUAUUCGCAAGCGAUGAUCUCUCUCUCGACACUUUUACGGAGUAUAAAAAUUAACUCGAAAGUAGUUUACAAGUUCGUUGACGGGAAAGAGACUUGCCAGAUCUGAGGCAUCUUGCAUUCUGCAUUUCCAUAGGAUGUUAUCUGGAUGUUAUCUCAGGGUCAGCGCAAUAGCCCGCGGUGAGAACGUGAGGAGGCGUGAGGUCGAGCUUCCGAACCGAGAAACCGGAGGGUCGCGGCAGGAUGUGAACGUCGCGGCCAACCGUGACGUCGCCUAUCGGCAGGAGGAGGAGGCACUGGCCGUGACUUCGUCGUCGUCGUCGUCGCCGUCCGCGCCGUCCGCGCCGCCGACGGAGACGCGAUGGACGAGACCGAGUCGGCCGAGACAUGGUCGCUCUGGUUCCUGGACGCGAUCCGCAAGAUACGCAGCCAGAAGCAACGGCCGAGCGUCGAGCGGAUAUGCCACGCGAUACGCCAGCAUCACAAUUAUCACGAGGAGGAGAUUGCUGAGCACUUGGAGGUCGCUGUGAAGCGCGGCGAUGUGCUCAAGAUCUUCAACAAGGGCCAAUCGUCUUACAAGGACCCGGGCGGCUUGCAGUCGAGGCCGCUUAAGGUCAACAAGUCGACGGAUCUGAGCAGAGUUUUGAGCAAAGCCGUGCGCGAGCUCGGCGAACGCGAGGGUUCGACUCUGAAGAACAUCGAGAAGUACAUCAGACAGAGCCACACUGUCGAAGAGGAAGCCGAGGGCGAUCUUAGGACCGCGCUUCGGCUGUCCGCCAAACGAGCGGUCGAUCGGGGCCUCGUGCUCCAGGACGGCAGACUCUUCCGGCAAUGGGACCGACCGCCGUACCUCAAGAAAAACAGCGGCGACGCUAAUGCGUCGUCCACGGAACCGCCCGCGCCCCAGUUGCCAGCGCCGCUGCCGAUAUGCAAGGAGUGCCUCGGUGCUACGAUACCCGGCAACAGCGGCAACAAACGCAACGAGAAGUUGAGCAGGUGCAACGUCUGCGGCGCAGCGCUGCACAAUUCUUGCGCGCCGCCAGAACUUUCGAUACUCGUCGACCGGGGGGCAACCUGGUCCUGCGAUAACUGCUCGCCAAUCUGCGCUGGUUGCCAGCUGGAGCGGGAAUCACAAAAUUAUCUCGUCAAGUGUGCCGGCUGCGUGAAAUCUUACCAUCCCACCUGUCUCGAUCCCGUCCUCGACAAGAAAAACAAGGCACCCUGGAAAUGUCGGCAUUGUCAGACGGCGCACACGCCGUCGGGCAAGGACGAGGGGAAGCGGAGCAGAACGCAGGAUUCGUCCGAGGAUACGCCGACGAGCGCGAGGAAGAGGCUGAGCAAGUUACGCGAGAAUCGAAAAUCUAUGGUAUCCAGAAAAAGCUUGACGAACGCGUUACCAGGCAAGAAGGGCAGUGCAGGAGUGGCUCAGGUGGACAGCAGCUCGGACGGUAAUGCGGGUGUUGUCUCCCUUCGUCAACCACCUUUGAUUUCCUCUCCUUUACCACAACCCCCCACCCCACUCGCAGGCCAGGGUAGGCUGCUCGAGGAAAAGAACGACAGGAUCUCCAAGGAGAAGCAAAAGUUCUUUAGAUUGAGCGCGUUUAACGCCGAGCACAAUAAAUUGAAGCGGGUGGGGGGCGGUGAUAAAUCUAGGCCCUCGCGGAAUAUUAGCGUUAGGUCGACCCGGGGUGGUGCCGCGAAUCCGAAGAAGGUCGGAGCAUCGCGAGUGUCUAGCAGCAGCAGUAGUAGCAGCAGCAGCAGCGAGGAUGGUAACAGCAGCGAGAGCUCAGAGGGGAGCGAUAGUAGCGACGAAGAUGACGAGGAAGGCAAUAGCUCGAGCGAGAGCAGUGGCUCCUCGUCGUCGGACGAGGCUCAGGACGGGAGAAUCGAGUCUCCUAAAACGAAAGCGCCUUUCGCUUGCGACCUUAAUGAGGACAAACCGUGGGGCUUCGCUGCCGCCGCCGCUAAGCUAAACGCAGAUUCAUCUUUCUUCAGCGGUAUCACGAACACAUUUGGUGCGCCUUUACCUAAACUCGAUGUAGGCGACGUGCCGACCUUCGGCUUGCACAUACAACAACCUGCCGCGGUCAAUUCGACGGACGGUAAAAAGAAAGACAAGACCGAGCGCAACGCAACACAGCCGGCCGCCAGCGCUGAUAACAAAGUCAAGCCUGGAAGCGGCCAGUUGAGGAGCCUCUUCGACGGUUUGAGUCACUUUUUUUCAGCAUCCGCGAACAGCAGGGCGAGAUCGACCGGUGCGCCGGCGCCGAAUUAUGCGCCUGAUCGUAGAAAAAGGCCUAACGCGGAGGAUACCGGUAAAACGAAUAAAAUUCCGAGAAGCGCGCAGAAAAACAACAAAUCGGACGAUUCGUCCGGCACGAGUAAACUUAAGGAUCGGAAAAAGACUGAAGCCACUGAGAUAUCGAGAGUACCGAAGCCCGGUAUCUUUGUACCUUCCGAUGAGAGCAUAUUCAGCUCGCUUAGCGAAAAGUUACCGAGAAUGACGCCUUCGGGUCUGGUAAAAACCGCGGUGAACAGUAAGAGGCACGAGCACGAAAGGAGAAAACUAAUGCGGGAGGACGCAUCGUCACUCAUUAAGUGCGCCGCUACGGAUCUGUCACCGUCAUCGUCACCGUCGAGACACGAGCAGCAGCAGCAGCAACAGCAACAGCAGCAGCAGCAGCAGCAAUCGCGAAAAAAGCAAACGGCUGGGGACUCGAACAUGCAGAUACGCCACCCUGUGCCCCCCGCUGUGAAAUCCUCAGGCCUCGGCUCUGAUUCCGUCAAAUCAAAUUCCAGUCCAAAGUCCAAUCCACGAGCCUGUACUAGCGCCAUCACCACCAACACCACCACGACACCCCGCGCGACACCCUGCUCCGCCAGGAAGGAGGAACCGAUCGUGCCGCAAACAUUGCCGCCGGGUGUCACGCAGAAAGACGUGGAUCUUAUCAAAGAGGCUCGCGAGAGGGCUCGGUUGACUGUGAGCAACGACGAGAACGACGAGCCAUUGUGCGCGAGCACGGCGAAUGCGUCCGGCAGCGCACCGCGAAAUCCUGCUGCGAUAGUAUUCGGUCGUUACGAGGUGGAAACGUGGUACUCAAGCCCGUUUCCACAGGAAUACGCACGAUUACCGAAAUUAUUCUUCUGCGAGUUCUGCUUAAAGUAUACGAAGAGUCGGGCUGUGCUGGACAGGCACAUGGACAAAUGCAGUUGGAGGCAUCCGCCCGCUACCGAGAUCUACAGGUGCGACGGAUUAUCCGUAUUCGAGAUCGACGGUAACGUAAAUAAGAUAUACUGUCAAAAUCUGUGUCUGCUGGCCAAGUUAUUUUUGGAUCACAAAACUCUCUACUACGACGUGGAGCCGUUUCUUUUCUACGCGGUGACGAAGAACGAUAAAUACGGCUGCCACCUGGUCGGUUAUUUCAGCAAAGAGAAACACUGUCCGGCUCAGAGGUACAACGUGUCCUGCAUCAUGACGCUGCCGCAGUAUCAGCGGCAGGGCUUCGGCAGGUUUCUCAUAGAGUUCAGUUACCUACUGUCUAAGGUGGAAGGCAUUCCGGGAACGCCGGAGAAGCCGCUCUCGGAUCUCGGUCGGGUGUCGUAUCAUUCCUUCUGGAAGAGCGUGGUGCUCGAGUAUUUGGAAGCGCAUCGAAACGCCACCGACAUCAAACUCUGCAACAUCACGAAGGAGACCGGUGUGUCGGCGCACGAUCUCGCCACUGCGAUGCAAUUAUUAGGAUUCGUGAGGUCGGUUCAUCUACCAGGAGCGGGGAAUAAUAGUAAAGUGGCUAUGGUGAUCGACUGGAGCAAAGUGGAUGCUCACAUGGCGAAGGUGCGGAACAGUUCUCGCAUCAAACUGGACCCCGACUGUCUCAGAUGGAUACCGUUGCUCACGCAAAUCCCCAAUCCGUAUCAAAACCCGGAGGAGAGCGGCGAUGCCAACUCCGAGGUGUCGCCCGCGGUGGAGCCUAAGCCUGUACCGGCAGUCGUGGAGAAAAUACAGAAAGUGAAGAUAAAGAAGAAGCCGAGAGGGAGAAAGGCGAACCAGAGGCGAUCGACGCUCUUGAAGCCGAAGACUCCGCAGAGAGCUGCAGCGUCUAGAGACUCGCUUAAAGAAGAAAAAGAUGUUAAAGAUGUGAAAGAGACCAAGACACCGAGAGAGCCGAAGGAAUCGACGAAAGAAGGUCGUAACGCCGAGAGUGCGGAGAGUCGAAAGCACGCGGAGGCGGAAUCCAAGAGUGUGACAUCCACGCCGCGGAGCUCGCGUUCCGUUAGCUCGGCGAAAAAUACAACCCCGACGACUUCCCCGAAAGCGACGCCGAUAACAACGAUGUCGAGGAGGAGAAUCAGUAGACCGCCUAAAGCGCUCAUAUCCGAAUCCGUUAUCACGCCUUUGAGAAAACGAAAACAUUCCGAGAUCGAGGAAGAGAAGCCGGAGGUCAGCAGCAGGAAGAGGACACGAGAAUCUCUGAGGGAGAAGGAGAAGGAAAAAGAGCGAGAAACGGAGCGCGAGAAAGAGAAGGAGAAGGUGAAGGAGAGAGAUCAUAAAGCAAAGGAAAAGGAAGUUUCGAAAGAAAAGUCGGUGGAGAGGAGAAAGACGCCACCCAAGUUGGACUCGUCACCGUCCCCGCCUAAACCAGCGAAGAAACAGUGCAAAGUGGACGAUAUUUUGCUGAAAGUCACCAGCAGGCAAACCAAGUAUUUGCAGGCGAAGGAGAAAAAGGCGCCGCCGGAGGAGACGGCGCAGUGCAACGGCAAGGAAGAGGCGCGGGAGGCUAAGAGCUUGCCGAUAUCGAGGCGAGGCAGAGCUAAAGUGAUGGUGGAAGCCCUAAAGAUGCCGCAACUCACGCCGGAAUCUCCCAGCGCGAAGAACAGAGCCGAGAGUCCUGUGAUACCGCCUCCCUCGCUGUCACCGCCGCCCGAGUCCGUGAAGAGCUCUCCCGCUCGAGGCAAGCAGCAGCCGUCUACGCCGGAAUCGCCGUCGGCGAAACACUCGAGCAACGGGGACAACAAGAGCGAGAGCGCGGAGGACAACGGCCUGCCUGUUCCCGCCGAGACGGAAGUGAUAUCCGCGAGUUCCGGUGAGUACGAGGGCGGCGACGAGGACGAAGGGGAGGAGGAAGAGUUAGCUGCACCGACGCCUAAACCCAUGACGCAAUUAGCCUCGCCCGGUGCGGAGAAUUCUGCGAAGGAACCGUGCGAGGAGGAGAAGGCGGACGACAAGUCGCAGGAGCGCGACAGCGACGAGGUUUCGUCGCGGAAAGCGGAAGCAGAUCCACCCUCGACGGCGGGCGAUGACCAGACUGAAAUUUUAAACGAAUGUGAUAAGGACUCCGAGACUGACAAGCGUCCCAUUUGCAGUCCGGAGGCAUCGAAAUCAGUACCUGAAUCAGUUGCUUCACCAAAAGAGGAAGAAGUCGAGCAGCCGGAGAGCGCGAUAUCGAAGAAAGAUAGUCGCGAUAGUCCUGCUAAGGAAGAACUCGCCUACGAAGCGCCGAAGGAUGUCAAGCUCGACUUGUCGCGCCCGAAAGCGGAAGCUUCUCCCGCGGCGGCGGCGGUGGCGGCGGACAAGAGGGGGGACACGUGCGCGCUCGCCAACACGGUGACGUCGGAAGUAGCCGAGCCUCUCACGCCGCAGGAGAAAACUUUGCCCGCCGUCGAGCAUCAGGACACAACCUUGCAGCUGCAGAGCCAAACGGAGGAAUUGAAGCAGCACUCGCCCGAGAGCGGCAAGACGACGCCGCAUUUGGAGAACCCGGGCUCGGUGAAAAGGACUCCGCCCUCGCAGCCGGAUCUACCGUCUAUGGGUGUUUACACGCCGGACUCAACAACUAACUCGGUGCAUUCGCUGCACUACGGCCAGUGUGAUCUGGAUGUUAGUCAGCUGGGCCUGGAGUCACCCACUUCCAUAGCCAGCGAUCUGGCGUCGCAGAACAGCGUCGAGAGGCCGCCCAGCGCCUUGCCGUCUAUACCGCCACCGGUCAGCGUGCCGAUGUCGGUCUCGAUGCAGAUUGCGACACCGGUAACGUCGUCGGUGCCGGUGAACAUACCGCCGCAAGUGCAGUACGCCGAUUGCUCGAUGCCGCAGCACACGCCGCCGGCGCAUCAUCCGGGGAUCCAUCCGAUGCACCAGCCGCACACGCCGCAGUCUCUCCAGCAACCGCGCACUCCGCAGUCGCAUACGCCGCAAAGCCUACCGACUCAGAGUCCGCAGCCGUUGCCGCAGAGUCACACGCCCCAGCCGAUGCCGCAGUCUCACACCCCGCAGAGUAUUCCGACGCAGAGCCCGCAACCGUUGCCGCAGAGUCACACGCCGCAACCGUUGCCGCAGUCGCACACGCCGCAGCCGAUGCAGCUGUCGCUGGCGCAAAGUCAGAGUAUGGCGCACAGUCAGUCUCAGUCGCAGCAGCAACCGUCGCAGCAGCAACAAUCCGCGCAUCAACAGCAGCAACCGCCGCAGCAGUCUCAGUCGCAUAGCAAGAGAGCGAGCAGCUCGCAGACCACCCACAGAUCUCGAUCGACGCAGCAGAGCAGCAGCAGCAGCAGCAGGUCACACCGGACCACUCCGCCGACAUCACACACCACGCAAUCGUCGCAGCAUAGCGCCGCGACGUCGCAGACCAGUCACAGCAGCAGCACCAUAUCGCACACGGCGCACGUCGCCGUGCCACCGCAGUAUCAACAGUCGCCGUCGUCGAUGAGCGUGCCACCCGCUGUGCCGCAUCCUCACUCGCACACGCCGCACGCCCAUUCGCACAACAUGGCGGUGAUCUCACAGGGUAACUACAUGGCGGUAGCGGCGGGCUCGCAGGGCUUCCCCACGCAGAACACCUACGUGAUCCAGCACAGGAGCGGCCGCUCCGGUGCGCCGACGCCCUGCACCACCGCUACCAACUUCUACAUACAGACGAGCGCGAUGCCACCGCAUUCGCACACUCCGGCGCCGACACUCUCCGCCUCGAGCGGCGGUCAUCAAACCACCAACUCGUGCAGUCUCGCCAAGCUGCAACAACUGACGAACGGCUUGGAGAUGAUACCGCCCACGCCGCCGCCGGCGAUGAAUCUCACACCGCCGCCGCCCAUCCCGCACACCAUAACGCCGCCGCAGACGUCGCGGCAAUUACCAACGCCGCCUCAGGUGCCGCUAGGCUACGCGAAGAACUAUUACAACGUCAACACCGUGCCGCCCGGUACACCCGGACCGCCCGGCCGAUCCACCUCCAGGUCGUCCGCGAACGCCAACAUGGCGUCGCUCGCGCAGCCAUACUCCAGCGAGAGCCUCUAUCGCCAGACCCUCGAUCCGGGUGGCACUUGCCCGCAGAUGCAGAGCGCCGCGAGCCGCGUCAGCCCGAACGUCGCCCUCAAUACGAAUCUCAUGGCCGCGCAAUACGGCUAUCGGGUGGCACAGCCGGCCACCGGCUAUAUGAACCAGGCGGCGCAGCUCGGCGGCUUCAUGAACCAGGCGAGCCAGCUGCCGGUCGGUGUGGUGAACGUGCCGUCACCGUAUCCGCAAGAUCCGCAUCAGCAGAACCCGGCGGCGGUUUACACCACGUACCACGGCUACAUCAACGGAAGCCUUAUGCAGCCACUUAACAGCACCAUGAGACCCCGCUAAUGGCUGUAGCGCUCGUCGUCGACCACGUCGAAACUUCUUCGCGCGACAAGUUAACGCUCUCUUCGAUACGACCGCCGACGGCGACGAUUCAUCCCGCAUCUCCACGGCGCCGUAGAUACUUGGACUUCCUCGACCACCCAUUGCUUCCGUCGAUCCAACAGGCUCUAUUCGUGUCAUUCAGUUGUCGCGUUUGUUGUUAUUCGCGAAUAUAUUCCUAACUGAGUCAAGGUAAAAUAUUUAACUUCAACUGGCGAUCAAACUCGCCGAUCUCUUAUUAUUUCUCUCUGAAAUUUCUUUGAAAUGAGUAUGGAGUUAAACAGUGCCUGAAUGCAUUCGCGCAACAAUGAAUGUAUUAACCUAAGAUGCUCGCUAACGCGUUUGUCAUUCACGAAUAUGAUUUUGAUACAAAAAAAUAUUUAAAUUUAAUUGACGAAUUUUCUCAAAUAAAAUGUACUGCUUGUGCCGAUUAAAUUUAGUCGCGAUACUUUUAUUUUGUAGAGUCACCAAGGUGAAGAUGCUUACUAUGAUUAUUCGACACGAAUGGAAACGAUGCGUCAUCAUUUCGCGAUUAAGUGAUGCAGUGGUAAAGAAAGUAUGACCUGCGUUAAGCGGUCUGUUUGUUAAUUAUAUUUUUACUUAUUUCUCUGGAUUCAAAUGGAAAUAAAUCGUUAAAUAUAGAAUAUAGAAUAAUCGUUAAAUAAACAUGUUGCGCGAUUACAGGUGUAACGCCACACUCACUUGAGAGAAGUUUCAAAGAGAAAGAAAGAAAAAUGAUAAAGACAGAGAAUAAUUAACAAUUCAACUCUCGAUAGCGGGAGUACGGACGUUUUAACGCUCUCCGUGCUCGAGGAAGGCUCGUAUUAAACUGACUCUUAACUUGUCGACAAAGAUUGCACACAAGGUACAAUUUAAUUGUAGUUAUCGGUUGGUAAUUCUACGAAGACACGGGUUCAGAGAACCGGUGUUUUUAACAUAGAAGAAAAAAAGGAAAAGAGGCAAAACGUUAUCUUGGAUGAAUUAAUUUCAGUACGCCAAGGUACCGCCCCUUCCCUCUCUUUGAUCGAGCAAAAAAAAAAGAAA